AUGCUGAGAAGAUUGGCGCCAGGCAUUGCCCGCACGUGGGCACCUUCAACAGGCUUCUCCCGUCCGGGCCUUGCUGGUGUGCAAUUCUUGGCACGUUGGCAUCGUUCAGUUGCGGACGAGAACGCCGAGAAGAUCAGCUUUCACUUCAAGCAACGGGACGGCUCUCGAAAGACUGUCACAGUGCCUUCGGGGACAACGGUGCUGGAAGCGGCGCAUCUAAACCAGGUGGAUCUGGAGGGCGCUUGUGAAGCGUCCUUGGCAUGCUCGACUUGCCACGUGAUUUUGACCGCAGACGACUACAAGAAGUAUGGGGAGCCCACGGAGAAGGAAGAGGAUUUGCUGGACCUGGCCCCCUGCUUGACGCCGACUUCACGCUUGGCGUGCCAGGUGGUCGUCGACGAACGGCUGAAGGACCAGGAGGUCUCAUUACCUGCGAUGACCUUGAACUUCUACGUGGAUGGGCAUGUGCCAACUCCCCACUGA